ACAAACACACUGUACAGAGAGGAUGCAGGUCCUCGGUGCGGUCAGUAGGUGUCACUGUUUAGCACCAAUGCAGUACCACAUCAAAUAACAUCACAUCCGCGACCCGAAUCAUCUGAUCAGAGACUGUCCGGCUAAACUCCUGAUUCUGUAGAUGCCACCUGCUGCGCCCAAGGGGGAGAACUGCCUUGUAGACAUGGAUAGCAAGGCUGGAGAUCUCUUCACUGCCGAAGAUGCUCAUCCAACUGGCACAGGGGGAGCUGGAAUCUUGGCCAAGCUCUGGCUCCCCAAAGGCUUCUCAGCCAGCAUGGCUAAAGAGUGGAUUGACAGGCGUCGAGUAUCCAUUCGACCGUGGGCCAGCUUUGUAGACCAACGCAAGUUUUCAAAACCCCGCAACUUUGGAGAGUUGUGUCAGAGGGUGGUGAAAAAUGUGGAAGUUUACAACAGCAAUUAUACCUUCAUCUUUUUGGGUCUCAUCCUCUACUGCAUCAUCAGCUCACCCAUGCUGCUGAUUGCCUUGGCUGUGUUUGCUGGUGCCUUCUACAUAAUCCACCUUAAAUCUUUGGAGUCCAAACUGGUUGUCCUUGGUAAGGAGCUCACUGUGCCUCACCAGAUGAGUCUGGCCGGGGCCGUCUCACUACCUGUGUUCUGGCUGGCUGGAGCUGGAGCUGCAGUGUUUUGGGUUCUGGGGGCAACGCUGUUUGUGAUUGGUUCUCAUGCUGCGUUCCGUGAGCUGGAGACAUCUGAAAUAGAGGAGCUCCUCAUGGAGCCUGUAUGAAGAACAGGCUGAGCUCUGAGACAGUGCUGGCUGUCGAUCAUCAUCAUUCUCACCUUGUAGUUGUGUUCGUCAGUGAGGGUUCUGGAAAAGCUUCUCCUUUUCCAUGGCUGUGGGCAUAUUGUAUAGUCCCUAUAAUCUACCUUUAUUGUAUCGAGAAUGCACUUUGUCUUGCCUCUAAAAUAACUGUUGUUCCAGACCGCUUUUUAACACUCAUUCAAGCACACGACUUUCCAUAUGCACAUUAAUAUCUGAACCCAAGCAUAUUAUUAUACAGAAUAUUCAGCUUUUUCUACAUAUUUAAACCUUGGAUGCCUCUAGUUUCUGUUGGAUAGCCUCUCACUUCCCACAGUGCUUCAUAUGCAGUGACAUAUCUGAACUUUUCACACUUAAUCUCUCUACUGAUCUCUAAAUGGACCAUCUGUGCUGUAGUCUCUGCUAUAGAUAUCUUGGGAAAUAGAUUACAGCUGAGAGAAAUGUGGAUUUCUCAUGGAGUGAGUAUAUGUAUGUGAAAUGUUCACACUGCAGAAUGGGCUGGCUAACUUAUAAACUGCUAAAAACUGAUUUAUUUUCCAAAGGAAAAGUGCCAUUUAAAGCUUUACAGUUGUGUCUAGUAAUCAUUCGCAAAUGAAAUGAUUUUUUUUAUUUAAAGAAAAUUCAAAAACAAGUUUGGUACUUUGGAUAAGCUUCUUAGUAACGAUAGGUUGAAGAUGAAGACAUCUUAAAAGGUCAACAUUUAAUCUUGGUAUUUUGUAUUGGGUAUUAUACUUUGCUGAUCAACUAUAUGCGUUCGGAUCUGACGGUAAUGUAAAUGUGAUUUUUUUUUUCAGUUUAUUAUUCAUUUGUUUACAUUCAAAUGUACAUUGGGUGUUUUGGAUUUACAUUUUGGAAGUGCAAUAAACUAGUGCAAAGCUG